CGUGAGCUGCUUGAGUCAUAUGCAAAAGAAUCGUUCCUGGCCACUCCCAAGUGAAUGGCAAUCAGAAACUUUCCUCACUUGCGUGAACUUCUACAUAUGACCCCAUCCCCCUUAUUUUCUUAAUACCCCAAAAAUGUUCCGUCCAUAUGAUUACGAUUAACAUCGUUUUUGAUCAUUUUUAUAUCUCCGAUUUACCUUUUGAUCUUUGAUGUCUUCUUCUCGACGAUUAUUACUUCAACUUUCCUACUGAACUUGUUCAAAAUUACUUCCAAAGUCGGAUCUAGUAACAUACUAUUCUAAGCUCUAACUAGUGAGGUUUCCUUCGCUGCUAAAGCUUUGCAAGUUAAAUAAUUACUGGAUUGCCUCAAGAACUCAGACUCUGAUUUAGAGAACUUAGACAAUUGCUCUAUAUAUCUUGGAAAACAUCUAGAGUAUGAAAUCUUUAUACUUAGAGCCCUAAGGAAAGGUUUAAGUUAAGUCUAACAUCAAAUAUUCUAGGUCUUAACAUGGGUUCUUAUGUACGAAGAAUUCGUAUUUCUGAUUCUAUUUGGACUACUCCGUCAUAUUAGUCUAUAUCCGUUGCUCUCCGAUAAAGGGCGACCUUGUGAGUUUUAAGCUUUUUUUGAACGAAGAUAUGUUUUAUAGAAGCUUCCCAUUCUUGAUCUAUAAGGUUUUGAAGAUUCAUAUAAUAAUAAUAAUAAUAAUAGGGAUCGAGCUAAUGCUGUUUCGUCACUUGGUUGGUUCAGGGCUCCAACUAGAUCUCCACUGCAUGUGGAUUUAUUUAAUAACUAUGUGUUGAAAACUCUGCAACAUUAACUUAAAAAAAGACUCGCCACAGCCAGCUAAUAGUGGCCCACAUAAGUUUUUUGUCAUAAAUAAGUGAGAGCAAACAAAACUUAAGCGUAUAUGAAAUGGUCCGUCCAACGCUAUUAACUGCCCACUCGCGCAACAACGCCAGCAAUACACGUGAGUAACGAAACUUUCAAGCACAUUGGCAUUUAUCGACAUUAUAAGCUAAAUGACGCGAGCGGAGCGCCAAAACCGACGCCCCUUACGCUACACUGCAGUGAAGCUUAAAUGUCGCAUAACAAAACUGUGCCAGCGCCCAAGCCCCGAGCUCGCCCGCGCCGCAUUUGUAACGCUGCAACCUGUAACUGGAACCGAAGCGCGCGGCAAACAGAUUAGCCUGUGGCUAGCCAACUGCAAACAGCUAUGACUAAAACGAAGCCAUCAGCCAACAGUCAUAGCGGUAGCCAGCGGCAAUCAAAAUCGCUCAGCAGCUGAUACAAAACUUUUGUUUUCAAAACAUUUCAUAUUCAGUCGAUACUCGGACACUCAGCUUAACGGACGCACACGGCAAAGCGAGUGUAUAUCUCACAGACAUACAUAUAUGGUAUAUAUUAAGUGUAGUGUAGAGUGUUGUGGCAGUCACUCCUUCUUCCACUCAUCCAACGCGCGCAUACAAAUCGCGACUCUACGCCAAUAAAUAGUCGCCAUAAUCGAUCGGUGAAGCGGUGAAACGGUCAGCAAGUGUUUGGUUUGACUUUUUUUCCAAUUUUUUUUACCUUUGGCGAGUCAGUCAGUGUUCGCUGCAGCUCAUCAGCCGCACAUUCGGCGCUCGCGCUCCCGCUCCCCACUCCCCAACGCGCGCUUUGGCUGAACACCAUUACGUGGACGAACGUUCGUCGAUUUCUUUUUUGCAUUGUCGUCGUUACGGCAGUCAUCGUCGCUGCGGCCGUCGUCGUCAUCACCCUCGUGCGCUCAGUUCAGCUGUUCCUCAGCUCAUUCGCGCGCCUUUUAUGUGCUUCUCGUGCAGUUAAGCGGCACACUUGUCGUCGGUCGCGUUGUUUAGUUGUCCGGUUACGUCGCAGCUGUGCUAAACAAACGCGCUUGUACCUUAGUUGUUGCUAUAAAAGUCGCGAGUGUCUCUACAACUAAAUUGGUGCGGUGGCUCCCACUUUGAUAUGUGCAUAUUGAACCAACUACAAUUACAACAACAAAUAUAUUGAAUAAAAAAUUGCAGCUAUUUAAUAAAAUUACAUUUAAUUGGGACAUUAAAGUGCCAACACAAGCGAUAAUUGUGCAGCAGUGUAAUAUAUACAAACAUACGGACAUAAUUAUAUAUUUAAUAUUAAAAAAAUAUUGAAAAUCGAAAAAAAAACAAAAACAACACAUGAGCGCGUCAGUGUAAAAAAUACAAGUGCAAACAGUAACAAAAGCAACAACAAGUAUAACAAAUACCAAAAAAUACUUGCAAAUAAAUCAAUCAACAACAACAGUUAUCGAUAGUCCGUUAUCACAAUCACAAUGACCUGCCUGUCGGACAUUGAUCUGGCCACUCUGCAUAAAAGUCGCCUGGAGGAGCGUCUCAAUUACAAGCUGGCCUGGGGUGGCGCUACAACACAACGCCUAUCCGCCUACCAUCAUCAGCAGCAGCAUCAUCACAGCAUACAACAACAACAUGCGCGUUUGGACAAUUAUCAAGCAAUGCCAACAAAAGCCACAGCUCAACCGCGAAAUGCUGCUACACAGAAGCAGAAGUCGAAACAGCAGUUGAAGUCCACGAAACAACAACAGAAGUCCAAUCAACAACAACAGCAAACACAGCAGCCGCUUGAUAAUGGCUUAAACGCGCCGACACGCUCUAGCCCGCAGCGUAAUGCGCCUCAAAGUGGUAAAGCUGCCGCAGCUGAUGUGCUCAAUGGCAAUUGUGUUGAACUCACCGAUAAAUUACAACAUUUGCAAUUCGAUGAUGAUGAAGAUUUGGCAAACAGCGGUCACCCUAAAGUACAACAUAGGAGUCGCAAGUCGUGCGCCACAGUUGGACGAUCCUCCUCGCGCUUGCUGGUAGAUGAUCCCAAUUGUAAUUAUUUUACAGCAACAACGCGUCGUCGGCGUUCGGGUACAUGGCCGCGCACCCGAAGUUUGAAUGCUCCAUCGCCAUUCCAACAAUUUGGACCAUGUGGACGAAUAAUGAAAAAUCAAGCAAUGGUUAUGCAAAUUCAGGAUCCCGCCAGUCAACGCUUGACCUGGUACAAGCCACCGCUCACCGUGCUCGUCAUAAAGAAAGUGCGUGACUCAACGGUGCUGGCACCCUUCGUACAGCUGGUCGAAUGGCUGGUGCAGGAGAAGCACAUGGUCGUUUGGGUCGAGUCGGCAGUGCUCGAUGACCCGCUACUAACAGAAGAUAAGAAAUUCAAGAAUAUCAAAGAGAAAUUAGUAACAUUCAAAGAUGGCCGUGAUGAUCUAACCGAUCGCAUUGAUUUCAUUGUCUGCCUGGGUGGCGACGGCACACUACUCUACGCUUCGCUGCUCUUCCAGCAAUCGGUGCCACCGGUGAUGGCAUUCCAUUUGGGUUCGCUUGGUUUCCUCACACCAUUCGAAUUCGAGAACUUCCAAGAGCAAGUGACCAACGUGCUGGAAGGUCAUGCUGCGCUUACAUUGCGCAGUCGCUUGCGUUGUGUCAUUUACCGCAAGAGCGAUCGCCGCAAGGAAUCGGAGUGCGAUAAUCCAAUAACAAAGAAUUCGUACAACAACUACCAAAUGGAUGGCAGUGAUGGCACAAAUAAGAGUGCCAGCCGUGGUUCAACGAACAUUUUGGUGCUCAACGAAGUCGUCAUCGAUCGUGGACCCUCACCGUACCUGAGCAACAUCGAUCUCUUUCUGGAUGGCAAAUACAUAACGUCGGUGCAGGGUGAUGGCUUGAUUGUGUCCACACCGACGGGUAGUACCGCGUACGCCGUGGCAGCUGGCGCCUCAAUGAUACAUCCCUCCGUGCCGGCGAUAAUGGUGACACCCAUUUGUCCGCAUUCGCUGAGUUUUCGACCGAUUGUGGUGCCCGCAGGCGUGGAGUUGAAGAUCUCCAUCUCACCGGAUAGCCGCAACACCUCAUGGGUUUCCUUUGAUGGUCGCAAUCGUCAGGAACUGUUGCAUGGCGACUGCCUGCGUGUCACGACCUCCAUCUAUCCGGUACCCAGCAUAUGCGCACAAGAUCAAAUUUCCGACUGGUUCGACUCGCUGGCGGAGUGUCUGCACUGGAAUGUGCGCAAGAAGCAGAAAUGUCUCGAUGAGCUGUGCGAUCUGACCGCCUCCGGUUCGGAAGACACCCUGGACGAUUUGGAUCGUGUCAACGACACGAUAUUGGAUAGUGGCACGUGUUUGCAGUGAUUGCCGUGGGUGGUAUUCAAUUUUUCCGACGAUGAAUUAAAUAUUGGGGGAGUGUAAGGGAAAAAAUAAUGAAAUUUGGCGUUGCACAAAUGUGUGUGGCACAACGGUGUUGUUGUUGUUGAUGAAGCUUUGGCGCAUUAUGGCGUAAUGAAUGAAAGCGGAAUGUUAAUGAGUUGGAACGGCAUGUUGGAAGUGUUGGAAAGCGCGCACAUUUUAUUUUUUAAUUUGUGCUUUUGCUUUAGCGACAUUUUUUUUUACUGGCGUGUAUGAAAGCGUCGUUGGUUCGAAAUGUUAAUAAUGAAAAUUGUAUGAAAUUAUGAACAAAUCUGUUGCAGAAACUUAGUAUAGCAUAAUUUUGUUAAAUGAUUUAUGAAAUACAAAAAAAAAAUGCAAUAAAUGACAAGUUAAAUGUGAUGUGAAAAUGAAGCAAAUAAAAUGUGGGAAGUGUUUAAUGAAGGCACUUACUAAAAUAAUUCUUCUAAAUAUGUUUAUUGUAAUUAGCAUUAAAUUGGCAACGAAAU